GACCUGGGCUCCAUCUGCACCACUGUCCCCAAAGCCAUGCAAAAUUCCCUCUGGGACACCAGGAACAUCUCCUACUCAGGAUGUGCUGCACAGGUUUUCUUCUUUCUUUUCUUUAUCUCAGCAGAGUUUUCCCUCCUGGCCAUCAUGUUCUACGACCGCUAUGUGUCCAUCUGCAAACCCCUGCACUACGGGACCCUCCUGGGCAGCAGAGCUUGUGCCCACAUGGCAGCAGCUGCCUGGGCCAGUGGCUUUCUCUAUGCUCUGCUGCACACAGCCAAUACAUUUUCCCUGCCCCUGUGCCAUGGCAAUGCCCUGGGCCAGUUCUUCUGUGAAAUCCCACACAUCCUCAAGCUCUCCUGCUCCAAAUCCAAACUCAGGGAACAUGGAAUUAUUGUAUUUGUUGCCUCUUUAGCAUUUGGUUGUUUUGUGUUCAUUGUUUUCUCCUAUGUUCAGAUCUUCAGGGCUGUGCUGAGGAUCCCCUCUGAGCAGGGACGUCACAAAGCCUUUUCCACCUGCCUCCCUCACUUGGCUGUGGUCUCCCUGUUCCUCAGCACUAUCAUAUUUGCUCAUGUGAAGCCCCUCUCCAUCUCCUCCCCAUCCCUGGAUCUGGCCCUGUCAGUUCUCUAUUCCGUGGUUCCUCAAGUACUGAACCCCCUCAUCUACAGCCUGAGGAACCAGGAGCUCAAGGCUUCACUGUUAAGACUAAUCACAGAACAGUUUCAGCAACAUUAA